AUGUCUUGGACCGAAGAUCGUCUUGACGGAGCCUCCGUGCGCCCGCGCCUCUACCGGAAACCUCAUGGCCUGCUCACAAAGAGUUGCUCCGAGGCAGGGAGCAUGUGGAUUUUGAGUCCGCUUCUGCGAUGCGCCCGUCCUGGUGAGCCGGAGGAGGAUGCCAGAGAGCCGUACCUGGGAGUGGACCAAGAUGGUCUCCUGGCGUCGCAGAGUUUCAUCGAGGAGUUCAGCGGCACCUGCGACGUGACGGCGGAGGCGCUGGGCCCCACGGCCGGGUCGCAGCAUGGGCACUUGGGGAAGGCGGCGGCGCCGACGGAUGUGAGCGUGACCGUGCCGAAGGACUACAUGCCAGGGACUCCGCUUCGAGCGGCUGGGCCUUUUGGUGACGUCAACCUCAAGCCGCCACCGGGCGCCAAAGCAGGGGAGGUGCUGCGCUUUCGCCUGGGGCCUUCAAUCCAGUUCCGCGUGACGGUGCCGCCUUGGGCUCGCGGAGGCUACGAGGCCCGAUUCGCCCUGGACUGUGGGGAGGUGGUGAGUGUCAAAGUGCCCGAUGGUCUUCAGCCUGGCGACAGCUUCGAGGUUCUGCCGCCGGCCAUGAUGGUGAAGGUGCCGGCAGGUGCCAAGCCAGGCGACAAAGUCGUCUUCUGGAGCGAAGCCAAAGGAAGCGGAUGUCCAGAGGGCUGGUAUCGGUUCCAGUUGCAGGAGGCUCACACGCCUGGUGCUGUCCUCUCCGUGCGGAUUCCCCCGCCUUCAGAAUUGCUGAAGAGCGGUGCCCUUCUUCCACCAGCAGCGCCUGAAGCGCCCUUGCCUCGAGUGAGCGCCAAUGCGAUUCCUGGAGGCUGA